UACAGUCCCAUCCUUCACUGCUAUGGUAUUGGGUUUGCCUGCCUGUGAAAGGCAGUCGGGUUGUGUCUCUCAAACCAUGACCAUCUGUCUGUGGUGAUCUGCACACCUUUGUUAGCAGAACUGGAAAGAUCAGGUUUGGAGACAUUAAUGAACAUGGAACUGCCAUAUAAAAAUCCCUGCUCUCUGAAAAUUUCCAGCAAAUCACUGUAUUCACCAUCAAGUUACACAUCAAUAAUACAGAGACAAAACCUUGUCUGUUACCUCAGAAACCCACACUAUGGCAGCCUUAUUUAUGCUGAUGGUCACGGUGAGGUGUGGACAGACUGGAAUAACAUGUCCAAGUUUUCUCAGUACGGAUGGAGGUGCACCACUAAUGAGAACUCGUAUUCGGACCGUACCCUGAUAGGCAACUGGAACCAGGAAAGAUAUGAUAUAAAGAAUGUUGUGCAGCCCAAACCCUUGCCUUCCCAGUUUGGACACUGCUUCGAAACAACAUACGAUGCAAGCUACAACAGCAAAAAGCCACAAUCAACACAUAGGUUUAAACGAGAGCCUCAUUGGUUCCCUGGACAUCAACCUGAGCUGGAUCCUCCUCAUUACAAAUGCACAGAAAAGUCAACUUCUAUGAAUAGCUACUCAAAGCCUCAACCCACUCAUUACUCUUGGUGUGUAUAUGAUCCGAAAUGAACCAAUCUUAGGAUCCAGGAAUCUAAGAAAGAAGAUGUAGCUUCAUUUUUUUUCUGGAGUAGACUGUAGAAAGGAGCACAUUCUGAGCAGUCUCAAACAUCAUUCUUAAUAUGCUUUCUGACUAAAUAAAGCACAACGCACCAAAAAAAAAAAAAAACCUCUAUUUUUGUUUACUCACUGUUCUGGUGAAUUUUUAUCAACUUAACACAAACCUAAACAUACCUGGGAAGAGGGAAUUUUAAUUGAGAAAUUAUCUCCAUAUGAUUGGCCUGUAGGCAAGCCUAUAAUAAGUGUAUUUUCUUGAUUAAUGAUUGAUGUGGGAGGGCCUAUCCCACUGGGGGGUAGUGCCACUGCUGGGCUGGUGGCCCUGAGUGCAUUAGGAAAGCAGGUUGAGUAAGCCAUUGGAGAACAAGCCAGUAAACAUCCAUGUCAUCUUCUACCUCCAGUUUCCAGUCUUGAGUUCCUAUCCAAACUUUCCUGGAUAAUGAACUUAAAAGCUGUAAGUUGAAAUGAAUUCUUUCCUCCCCAUGGUGUUUUAGCCCAUCAGUAGGAACCUAAUUAGGACAGUAUAUAACUGCGGUGUCAGUGUGUUUGUGUGUGUGUGUGUGUGUGUGUGUGUGUGUGUGUGUGGUGUGGUGACAAUAAGGGGAAAGAUAUGAAUCUAAAAAGAACAAGGUUAUUUGGGAGGUUCUGGAGGGAGAAAAGGGAAGGGGGAAAGGUUGUAACUAUAAUCUCUAAUAUUAAAUAAUUUUUAAAACAGAAUCAAACCAAAGGUUCAUGAAUGGUAGGCAAGUACCAUGAAACACAUCUCCAGCUCUCUAAGAAACAUGCAUUUGCCUAGGCUCUCUACCAAAACCAGGAUUGGGCCUAGGACUCCUUCAAAGAGCAUUUGUCCUAGCAUGCUUAGGACCCUGACUUGGAUCCCCAGCACCAGAGGGCAACAGAGAGAGA